CUCGACAACCACCUUACGCCCUUAUCAUACAGUUGAUCAAGAUGGCUGCCAAUAUCACAGCAACGGCUAGUAAAGAGUCGGCCACAACUCUACAAAUGCUGGAGAGGAUUGGAUCACACUCCCAUGUGAAAGGGUUAGGGCUCGAUGAAACAUUAAAUGCACGUCCAACUUCACAAGGAAUGGUUGGUCAACAAGCAGCCAGAAAAGCAGCAGGAGUGAUUGUAAAGAUGGUACAAGAAGGAAAGAUUGCAGGUCGUGCAAUCUUGAUCGCUGGUCCUCCAAGUACUGGUAAAACAGCAAUCGCAAUGGGUAUGUCACAAGCUUUGGGGCCUGACGUACCGUUCACCAUGCUGUCUUCUUCAGAGGUGUUUAGUUUAGAGAUGUCAAAGACAGAAGCAUUGACACAAGCAUUCAGAAAAAGUAUCGGAGUAAGAAUCAAGGAAGAGAAAGAAGUGAUCGAAGGUGAAGUUGUUGAAGUACAGAUCGAUCGCAGUCUAACAGGAGCAACAAAGACUGGUAAAUUAACAGUCAAGACAACGGACAUGGAAACAAUCUACGAUUUGGGAAACAAGAUGAUCGAUUCGCUAAGCAAGGAAAAGAUUUCAGCAGGAGAUGUGAUCAGUAUAGAUAAAGCAUCAGGAAGGAUUACCAAAUUGGGACGCUCAUUUACCAGAGCACGCGAUUACGAUGCUAUGGGUAGCGACACACGAUUUGUAGCCUGUCCCGAAGGUGAAUUACAGCAACGCAAAGAAGUCACACAUACAGUCAGCCUACACGAAAUCGAUGUGAUCAAUAGCAGAACUCAAGGCUUCCUUGCUUUGUUCGCUGGUGAUACUGGAGAAAUCAAACCUGAAUUACGUGAUCAAAUCAAUUCCAAAGUCGGAGAAUGGCGCGAAGAAGGAAAAGCAGAGAUUGUUCCGGGUGUUUUAUUCAUUGACGAAAUUCACAUGUUGGAUAUCGAAUGCUUCAGUUUCAUCAAUCGUGCUUUGGAAAGUGAGAUGGCACCUUUGGUAAUCAUGGCAAGUAAUCGCGGAAUCACACGUAUUCGUGGAACACGUUAUAGAAGCCCACAUGGAUUGCCAAUCGAUCUUUUGGAUAGACUUUUGAUCGUUCGUACGCAGCCAUACGAGAUGUCAGAUAUCAAAGCAAUCCUGGAAUUGCGAGCACAGGAAGAGGAAGUUUCCAUUGAAGCAGAAGCUUUGGAUGUUUUGACAAGAAUCGGAGGAGAAACAUCUUUACGUUAUGCACUUCAAUUGAUCACAACAUCAAGCUUUGCAGCACGAAGGCGAAAAGUGGACGCAAUCGGUGUACAGGAUAUCAAAAGAUGUUAUGGUCUCUUUGUUGACGAAAAGAGAAGUACACAAUACCUAGCCGAACAUGGAGCUCAAUACCUUGCCGAAGAGGAUUAUACCGUCGAUUCUGCUCCCAUUGCAGCCGCUGCUCCCAUUAUCUCCUCAUCCGUUCCUACCAACGGAACAAGCAAUUCAAUGGAAGGCGUCACCUUGGGUUGAUGUUUUCUUCUAAAUAUUGAAAUGAGAUUGUAUUGUAGUAAAUGAAAAUGUGAUUGAUGUCAAACAACA